GCUGUGAUGGAGUACGUGGAGAGGACGUGGAUCAACGGUAGUUUGUGGCAGCCGAUUCACUGGAGUGUAUUCCGUGAGACCGUUCGGACGAACAACGACGUUGAAGGAUGGCACAGAAGGAUCAACACACGAGCAGGACGUGCGGACUUGGGAUUAUACAUGUUACUACCAUUAUUGAAGAGGGAGGCUGAGGUUGUUGAUCUUCAAAUUCGUCUAGUUUCGCAGCAUCUCUUGACAAGAUUACAUCGUAAAAGAUACGCCCGAAUCCAUGGAGCCUUAUUCGACGCCUGGGACAAGUACGAAGAUGAUGAGAUGACGACUUCUCAACUACUAAGACUGUGCAGCCACAUUACCGGAAUAGGAUCCAACAACAUCAACGACGGAUAUAUGAGGACGAUUUUUAAGUGUCAUAUAUAUAAAAAAGUGAUGAAUAAAGAAUAAAAAAUUAUUGCUUAAUACUACGUAAAAGCCAUGGUGUAUACUCUGUAAUACUAUGCAUGAUUAUAAAAGAGAUGAAUAAAGAAUUUAAAAAAUAUGCGUUGCUUAUUACUACAAUAAUAAUGGUAUAA